AAGAACAAGAUGGCGGAACCCGGGGAUGAAGACGUGACUGAAAUUCAUUUAUUGUUUUGCGAGACGUUUGAUCACGAGAAGGGCGAGGAAUUAAAUUUAGAUCUUGUGCAGUUUCCACGGCCAGUGUGUAUAAGUGAAAUCAGGAUUAUUCCUUCUGGUACAAGAGCACACACUGAAUUCUAUGAAGAAAAUAAACUUGGGAGAACAUCACCAGCUAACUUCAAGUUGGAAUUAUUCAUCAAUAACUUGAGUAAACCAGGUUCAUCUAUAUUUGAAAGACUGGGUAUUCUUGAGUAUGAAGAAUCUAAUCACAUACAAUUGGUGACCAAGUCUGAGAUUCCCACCGAUGGUGUCAUACUGAGAGGUCUCUAUUCUUCUAUAACUGUUGCUAUUUAUGGUGUCUUGACAACUGUAGCCAAGUCAGCAGAUGACAUACCACCCUCUCCACCACCACCCCCUCCACCACCACAGACUGUUGGUAAAAGAAAGAUAGCUGUUGUGGAAGCAAAAGCAUUUGACAUGUCAGAAAGAGAAAAUAUCUAUCAGGAAAGGAGGGAGUUUGAAAGUGAACGGGCUAAAAGACCAAAAUAUGAAGACCGAGUUAAUGUUGAACAAAAAAUAGAGGAACUAGAUAGACCUAGAGACCCAAAGAGACUAAUAAGACCCCCAUCACCACCUCGACCUCCACCAAAUGAAUCCCAUGGACCUAAAUCACCACCAAUACCUCCUCUAAGGGAAAGGAGAGGUCCUAGGACUCCCCCAGGGGAUCCCAAAACAGACAGUUCACCGGAAUCAAUACAUUUGCCUUCUGAUGAUGAUGUUCAUGAACCUGGAGAAAUUCCUGAUGAGGAGGAGAUCAUUGAAAGAUCAGAUUUGUUCGAACCUCUCACACCGGAACAUUCCCCAGAACCUAGUAAUGCAUCAGAUGGUGAAAUAAAUGAAGAAGAGUAUGAUACAUGGAUUUAUGAUGUACCAAGUUUUAAUCCAUUCCAGUGUGAAUUCCUAGCUCCAGUGACUUUCUCAACUCCUGAAUUGACUCAGUAUGACAUAGAGAAACUGAAAACAACCGAUUCAAUGCCCCCAGAGUCAAACAAAAUUAUUGAAAUAAUUAACACUUUUCAAUCUGAGGAGCAUAGUUCAAAAUGGGUGAGUGCAUUGGAGGAACUACCAGGUCUUGUCAAUCCUUGUUUAGCCUAUGUAAACAGUGAUAGUAUCAAAGUACUGGCUGAAUGGACACUUGAAGCAUUGGAUUUAGACAAUGCCAUUGCACAGUCAAUAGCUGUCAAUGUGAAACAAUUAAAAGCUGGUAUGAAUCUCACUACAGCCUUAUGUAAUUGUGGGCCAACUGUGGCAGAAGUACUCGUUGAAAAGAACGUGCAGGGAAUCUUGUUUGAUUUGCUAUUUGCUGAUCAUAUGUCCUCUUCAUUGAAGUUGACUGCUUUACAAGCAUUGGACAGUGCAACAAAUUGUGAAAUGGGAUUGGUAAAAUUUGUGAGUAGCCAUCAAUCCAAAGUUGAGCUGACAUGUUAUCAAAGAGCUUUAAAGUUAAUGUUAUCCAAUCAGACAGUCCGUGUAGUGACAGCACUGACAGCAUUACUUAGAAAAGUACACAUCUUUGAAGUACUUGGAGUUUUAUACAUGACUGUUGACAGAAUUAUGGAAAGCACUCCACUUCCACCAGAGAGUACAAAAGAAACACAAUCAAAGGACACAGAAUCAAUUGAACACAUUCCCCAAACACAUGAUGAAAGUCCUCAAAAAAUGACAUUUAUGGACACAUUGGACAAAUCAUCACCUAACACUCAACAGAGGAGUGAUAAUCAAAGUAUUAGCAUGGAAACAGAUACUUCAAUCAUCUCAUCAGGAACAAUUUAUAUUGCAAGUUCUAAUGAUAUAGAGACUAUAAUGGAAUGUAUUGAGGAAAUCACUUAUAGUAUGGAGAAUGCACCUCAUACAAUAGUACAGCCACCCAUCAAGGCAUUUCCUACCUCAGCCAAGAUAACAGGUCCACCAUGUACAGCAGACCCAUAUCCAGUGUUAUUCCAUAUGUUCAAUACAAGGAAGUUAUUAGAGAGUUUACUAUUGUUAGUAUCUUGUCCUGCCACAGCUGGUAACUUGGAUAUUAUGGAUGCUGUUCGUACACUACUUUUAGUGUGUUUAAAAACAAAGAAAGGUUUGUUAUUUCUUGCGCACAAUAUUGACAUUUGCAAGGUUCUUGUACAGAUACUAACAAACAAUGAUGAUGAUGAAUCUCUGGAAGACAAUGAAACCCAGCAGUUGGGUCUUACUAUGAUUUACCAGUUACAGACUUUGCAGAACAUUGAUCAAAUCAGAGAUUUUUUAAGAAAAGGCUCAUUACAAACUGAAAGAGAUAAUGUGGAUAUCAUAAGCAUUUUACAUACAAUGUACUCUAUGACUUUUACGCCUAUUGGUAAAACUAAUGUGGCACAUGUCUUGAAUCUGGAUGAUCAUCUGGAAAGUAUCCUGUCUUUUUUGGAACUCACAGGUGAUGAAGAGACUGAUUAUAAGAUAAAGAAACCUGCAUCUUAUGGAUAUGCAUUGGGAUUAUUAUUGUUAGCCAUGCAGUACUGUGAUAAUACCAAUACAAUAAUCAACUAUGCAACUAAGCUGUCAUCUAUAUGUCCUGAAAAUACAGAAUUAUCUAAAUGGAUUUCUCCCAUUCAGGGGCUGAAAUUUGAUAUAACUAGUAUUGAACCUCUCGUAGAAUAUUUAAAAAAUCAUACAAGUGAAAUUUCUAGUAAUUUAGCAAAUGAAGGUACAGCAAUGGUCACAGCAUUAAGAAUAUUGAAACACAUAUCCUGUCCAAAUCACCAAUCAGAGGAUUCUGAAGUACAUCAAAAAGAUCUUCAGUAUAAUCUUGCCACUAUUCAGCUGUUUUCAGCAAAUGCUAUGGAAGUAUUCAUCUUAGUACUUAAGAAACUUGGAGAUUUUACACUGCGGCCAUGGCAACAAGGUUUUCCGCUUCCAAGUAGUGUUAAUCAUAUAAUAGAAUGUAUGAUCACACCGUUGUUGAUAUUGAUCAAAAGAAUGUUAUCUGAACUUCUGAACACAGGAUUAACCCAAUUCAAGGAUAUGCGACUUAUAUGUGCUUUGCUGACUGUGCAUACUGUGGUGUGCUCACCUACUAGUAAUAUUUUGAGUACUGACCAUUCUACUAUACAACUACUCAUUGUGGAUAUAUUAUUAACAUUUACUAAACCUGUUUUACAGUCAGAUACAGAAAAUGGUAAGUGUUUGAAAUUUGUCAAAAUGGUUUACCAAACAACAGGGCAGCCUUUGACAGAUGAAGAAAUCCAACAAGCUUUGGUUACACGAAAGUUAUGGAGUUUACAUUUACAUAGUCUUGCACCUCAAAUAUAUGCAAUCAUCAAAGAUAUAUCAGGUACUGGCUAUCAUCCCUUGCAACAUAUCUUAAGAAGAGUAUGUUGGCAGCUUGCUGACCUGGCAGCCCCAACAGCUUUGCUAGUCGUCAGGUAUACAUUUGAAAUUCUUGAAGAAGAACUGAACAAAUCAAGUAGUAAAGAAGAUGACAAAGUGGUUGAUGUGUUCAGCCCACAUUCUAAUAAACUAUUGAUGUUGAUUAUGUAUAUGGUUUCCCAGGCAUCUGUCAAAGCUCCUCUUUUACACUACCUUAGAUCUACAGUCAAAGCAGAUGAGAAAUUUUCUGAAGUUUUGGUGCGACUUCUGAACUUGCUGAAUGUGACAUCAGAGUCCUCCACUCAUUUACAUGGGCAAGAAUAUAUAGUGGGAAUAGUGCAGUCUAUUUGUGAUCCUGAAAUUACAAUGAUGAUGGCUACAGAGAGUACAUUACCAACAGUAGAACAACUAGCUAAUGGUCUACCUAGUAAAGACCAUUUAGAGCUCAUUCUUACUGCAUUAUUGGAGCAUAUAUCCGAUGGUAAUCAGUCAUAUGCAACUAUUUUGCUGUGUUUACGUACGUUUGUCAUGUUGACGGAACAUGAUUACGGAUUCUAUCAUCUGAAAUGUGCUUUUGAGAAGAACAGUAAUGCCUUCUACAGUUUAUUCAAGAAACUAUCCACAUCAUUUAAUAAGGACAGUGCAGAUUGUUUAUCAACAUUAUCAACAUUCUUGGACUUACUACAACUUUUAAUAAGUGCUGAUAGUCUGGAAGAUGAUCAGACUACUCCAGAACCCUCAGCCAAUCUCAGGACUUAUACUGUUAAUGUUGUUAAACUUAGUGAACUUUUAAAAUGGAAUACUGAAUCCAGAGAUCAUCCAAUCAAAGUCAUUGAAAAAUUACUUGUGGAAUGCUGUAAAGAUGAUGAAGCAAUGGACAGUUUACUGGACGGAGUGACUACCUUAGCACAGACAUUAAACUCUGUAACUGAUGAUACAGUUGUUAAACCUGAUGAACUAACAGAACCAGUAUUGCCGGCACCAGAUACUUUAUCUGUCCAGUUUAACACCAGAGCUUUUUAUAUCCUUGGAGAUAUGGAGGAUGAAAGAAUUAAUUUUUGGUUGACAGUUCCGCCUCUUGAUGAUCCUGACAUGGAGAUUGAUAUGGUGAAAGCUGAUCUUUUGGAGUUGAGUGAAAAGUGUUGUCCUGAUUUUGACUUAAAAGAUGAAAUUGCAAAGGGAUUGGCAGGAGAAGAUGGAACAACACCAAGAAAAAAAAUAAGUAGGGUUGGAAAACGUCGAUUUGAUCCAUUAAUUGCCAGGCGUGACACAAGAUUUCAAGGACAAAAUAAAAGAGGACAUAAAGCAAUGCCUGGUCAUAUGAGAGGUGGAUACAGACCAUUCUAUGGAGGUCAUGGUAGACCAAAUGAUCUAUUUCGUCAACGAGCACAGAAUACAAGCCGUCCACCAUCCAUGCAUGUCGAUGAUUUUGAAGCCAUUGAUUAUUCACAGUCUCCUCAUCCACCUCCUCCCAAGAAAAUACACAAGGGUCCUCCUGCUCGUAAUCUUGGUCGUGGUGGAUUUAUCGGUGGGCCGGGCUAUCAAAGAGGUGGUUUCAUUGGAGGACCUGGCGGUAGAUGGGCUGGUGGACCAUCAGGGGGUUACAAUAGGCGAGAUCUAGGUCCAGGUAUGGGUAAUAUACAAGGUAGAGGACCUAAUAUUUGGGGUAAUAGACAACCACAACAACCACCACCACCAUCACCAGGUGGAUACCAAGGUAGAACAUCAAGAGGAUUUCUCUCAAGACGGCCUGACAACAGACCAAGUGGUCCAGGGUAUGGUAGACCACCACCACUACCACCUACUAGAGCUGAUGGAUUAUAUGGCUCACCAACCAGGGGUAACCCACGAGGUGGCAUGAGGGGUUCAAGCUCAAGAGGUGGACCAAGUCCUACGAGGUCAAAGCCAAUGAGAGGUUUUCGUGGUAUGCCAGGGGGUGGCAGAUGGGUUGGCCCUGGUGGUAAAACCGAUCCACAUACAAGAUUUCUGCCACCAUCUAAGCCAAGUAGAGGAGGUUAUGGUCGUCAUGAUGGUGGAGGCAGUCGUCAUGGUGGGCGGCCAUUUUCCAGAUAAUGAAAAUUACUUAUCAACAGAAUUUCUUUGCUUGUAUGUUUAUCAUAUUAUUGGUAAUGGUACAGUUUUGUAACAGCCCAUUUUUAUAAGUUUCAUACCGAUGGAUAUAUAUCACCUCUCCCCUGUAACAUGCAAAGUGCUUCACAAAAACUAGAAUAUAUUAUUGCAUUUUUUGUUACUUGUUAUGCUGCCGUACUUUUUUAUAUCAUUACCCCAAUUUAUUAUUGUACAAAAAUAUUUGGAAAAGUUAAUUUGAGAAUAUCAUGAAGAUUAUGAGUUGGUUGUUUGGAUGGUAGUUUUAAUUCUACCUGUUAAUAUUUAUACACUCAAAAAUAAAUAAUUGGUUCUGUCUUUAACACAUUGCCUGCAAAAAGCUCUCAUGGAAAGCCAAAAUGAAUCAGCAGCUUAUGUGGUAAUACCAAUAGCAGAAACAUUGAAUCAAUAGCAGACUGGAUGCACAUACAUGUGCAAUCUGAUUAAAAUCUUUUUUUUUUUUAUUUUAAUUGUUCAUUUGUUUUUUUUAUUUUCUGUCUGCAAACGCCCAAAGAUCUGGCCAACCUUCAUAGAAAAUCUUUUUUGUGAGAUCUCAAAUACUGUAGAAUACUUUAUUUUCGCUUGGAAUUUAUUUUCGCUAUUUUCGCUGAAGGAAUGAUUCAGCGAAAAUAAAAUCCAGCGAAUAUAGCUUUUUUUCCUAUAUUUUACAUUCAACUUGUCAAAAAUCAGUGAAAAUAAAUUCCAUACAAAACACCCAAAAUGUCUUUUCAGCGAAAAUUAAUUCCAGCUAAAAUAAAAUAUUCUACAGUAACUAGGUUAGACGUCCAAUCACAGAAGGUCUUGUAUACAUUAAUUAUGCAUUUGUGCGCAGUACCUUCAAAUCCAUCAAUAGCUGUAUACAAAACCUUCUCUGAUUGGUUAUUCAAUUUUGCAAGAGUUGAACAAGAUCUUCAAUGGAGGUUGUUCAGAUCUUUGGGCUGUCGCAAUCAGACAACUAAAAAAAAUGAAAAUUUGGAAAACAUUUGAAAUAAAAUAAUAAUCACACAUCAAAAAAAGUAACAAUUAAAAUAAAAACAUGAAAGUAAAAAAGCCCAGCGAGAUACGAUUCUAAUCAGAUUUAUACACGUGUAAUACUCAUCAUAAUAAAAUGUUUUUCACUGCAGUAUCUUGAAUUGAUCUGUACAAAGUCGAUUGGUAUAGUUAUGGCUGUCUGUAUGUUAUAAAACUACUGGACAUUUAUCUAAACAAUACAAUAUUUCUUGUGUUAAACUUUC